UGUGUGUGUCUCUGUGUGUGUGUGUGUGUGUGUGUGUGUGUGUGUGUGUGUGUGUGUGUGUGUGCUCUGCCUAUUCUCUAAAUAACCUGUCGAUCCAGUCAAGCUAACGCUCAGUCUCAGGAGGCAGCAGGCUCGGCACUUCCUCCGCUCUUCACUUCUUCCUCUUUCUCCUGAAUUUCAUUUCAACUCAGACACUAGUGAUCCGAAGGAAAAAACCCAAACAGGACGAAAGGAGAGAGACUGGAAACUCUCGGCUGACUCGGCCCCAGUGGAAGGAGUAUGGACUGACUGCAUGUGUCCCCCUGCCUCAUCGGAGCCUGUGUGUGUCUGUGUGUGUCUGUGUGCGUCCAGCUGAAAGGAAGUCAUGUCAGCGAUACACACCUUGGCCUGUCUGCUCCUCUGGAUCUCCUUCGCCACGCAGGACAAAACCCCAGAUGCGACCGUGACGUGCUUCGUCUCGGAGGAGUGCGUCCUGCCCUGCAGCUUCCCGCCCGGCAGCCAGGAGACCGUGGAGUGGUUCAGACAGGACGUGGUGGUCUACAAGUUUGAGCGGGAAGACGAAGAAGACGAAGAAGAUGACGAAGACGAUGAUGACGACAGCAAGAGCAGCAGCGAGGAGCACUUGGACUUCAAGCAGCUCUCCGGGCGUGCGUCGGUGUUUCCUCACCUGAUUUCCCGGGGGAACGCCACCCUGGUCCUCCGGAGCGGGGACCUGAAGGACAGAGGCACGUACCGGUGUCACGUGACCACAUCGAGCGGAGAGCACGAAGCCAAGGUUAUCCUGAAGGUGGAAGCCCCUAUCCGAGGUCUGACCCUGGAGCUGUCGAGGCUCAGCGGCUACGAGGAGAUGAAGUGCAGCGUCCGUAACGUCUUCCCUCCUCCUCGUGUCACCUGGGCGACUGAGCCGCCCACCUUCGAGGACCUGAGGCCGGUGACCCGCAUGCUGGCCAACGCACAGGGCCUGUACACGGUGGACAGUCGUCUCCGGCUGCUGAGCGGACAUCCUGACCUCAUCUACAUCUGUAAAGUCAUCACUCCCUACGGGGGCCCAGCCUGGACCACCUCACUCAGAGAAAGAGAAAUAAGAGGGACUCAAGGGAGGGAUCUGACCAUCCCCUGCUCCGCCCCUUUCUACCUGGACCGCCCCUCCCUGGAGUGGAGCUUCUCCGGCGGCGAGGACCCCUCCCACAUCCUCAGCUACGACAGCCGGUCAGGGCACAGCGUGGCCGCGGCGGCGUGGAGCAGCCACGUGGAGCUGGACGGCUUCAGGGUCCCGUUCGGGGACGGCUCCCUGCGACUCAUGGACCCCAGGGCCUCGGAGCACACGGGCAGCUUCACCUGCAGGUUCUCCGUCCCGUACAACACCCACGAGGAGCGAGCUGACGUCAUCAUCGACGGCCCUGAAGUUGAGAGGAACACAUCCGACGAGCCGUCUUAUUGGUGGAUUCUGGGCCUGGUGAUAGCCGGACUCGUCGUGGCGCUGGCAGCCAUGUUGGCGUUCCUGAAGCUGAGAGGCGGCUCGGGGGGGAAGCACAGGAACGACCCCGAAGAGGUCACAGAGCUGCAGGCGGUCAAAGACUCGACGGGCGACAGUCACGUGACCGAGAGCACGGCUCUCCACGUGACUAACGGACAGUCCAGCCUCCAGACCUGAGAGGAGCCUGCAAACCGAACUCACUGCAUACUAACAAACACACAAGCACUGCUACACACUGAAGAGGAACUGAUUAUCAUUUUAUUUCACGUUUUCAAAGGACUUUUUGAAAAGAGGCUUCUUCUAAUUUAAAUAUGUGUUGAACGACUCGUCUCCAUGACGGGUCAGUGGCCCCGGACUUGAACCUGUUGUAGCAGGAGGUUUUUAAUUUAUGAAGAAAACCUAAAGGCUGAAUCCUGCUGAGUGAAGUUUUCAUCCAGGGGCCUGGGAAACGGUUAAUGAGCAAAGGACCUGGAGCUGCAUGUUGUAGAGGUGGAUGGAGGGAGUCGCUCUAGGGCCUGGUCAGAGGGCGGGGGGGUAUUUAACUGCUGCUCGCGGCCGACAGGAUCAAAUAAUAGACUGUGAAUAAAAAGCGUCUCCUCUUCCUCCCACUGUCCAGAAGUGAAGCCACGUUAUCUCAGGUACAAGGUCGUUUGGAACAGAGGUCGUUUCAGGCACUCGACCAAUCAGAGUCAGUCUCAGCAGCUGAUCAUUAAGUCUCAAGAAAUAACCAAAUGACCUUUACUGCAGCCAGCCACCAGGGGGCAAUGGAGACACGAACCUAAAGUCCAACUUGAUGCCAGCCCUUCACACUGGUUUACUUCAACCCAGUGAGCUGGUCCAUGGAUCAGUCAGAUUCCUGAUCCCAGCUCCGUGCAGAGCGUCAGCAGCUGGAGACACAGAUUCUUCUUCAGCAUGUGGUGAAACUUUUCCCUGGAGGAGCAGUGAAGGACUUCUCCACUUCUAAAGGGCUGAAACAUUAAAGACUGACCUCCUGUUCUUCUGCUGUUGCCUUCACUGUCCAAUAAAAACUCCCAGAGGCCAAACUCCCUCUGGAUCCUGGAGCCCAGAAGAAGAAUGUGACUGUAAAUUACUGAUAUUGAACAAAGGUGAGAAACCUCCGAACACUGAGGUGAAAUCUACAGAGACUCAGUCGACCUUUGUCUCUGAGCUUCAUGAACUGAACCUCUGUCGUAUUUAAUGUGACGUUAUUAAAACAGAUUAAUCACUGAA